AUGAAUGAUAAUCAAUUGACAUCAGCAACAACAACAACAACAACAUCUAACAAUACUACUGAUAAAACUACUUAUAAACAGAAUAUAACACAAUUGAAAUUAACAUCAUCAUCAUCAGCAUCAUCAUAUACUACUAAUAAAGAAUUAGAACAGUCAUUUAAUAAUCAACAAUCUAUAAUGAAUACAACACAAUUUCUUAGACAACGUGUUACUGAACAUUUAAUUGAAUUUUUAAAUUGGUUUGUAUUAUCACAAGUAAGUUAUGUAAUCAAAGAAGAAACCAUUGAAAUGUCAGUCAUUGAAUUAACUUGUCUUACAUAUUCAAUAUGAGUUGAACUCUAGUUGUCAUGAAUUCUGUAAGAGUUACAUCUUGGUACUAUUUACGAGUAUGCAUAUAGUUACCAAUACGAGAUUACGAAUUUGUGGAGAUUGUAGUAAGAUAGUUAUCCGCUUCAGACAAUUGAUGAAGGAUUGUGAAAGAUUAUGGAUUGAUUGAAGUUAGAGAUUACCAUGGACUGAUGUUGUCUCAGUGGUCUAAAUGUUAGGUGUUCGUACUUGAGAUCAAAUUCCUUUUGGUGUGGGAUGGUGGAUGUGCACUGUUAAGGAGCGCC